UUUGAUUUUAGGAAUUGACAAAGUCAUAUAUAAAAUGUUUGAUGUUUCCAAAUACAUUUAAGCAUUUAUUUUAGAUAAGUAGAGCAACAGGCAGGUUGGUGAAACAUGAUUUAAGUUGGUAUCUUCCACUACCUGCAGAUAAAUGUUUUUACAUGUUACUUCCUCCACUGAGAGCACCUCCGACUGCCGACUGCUAACAAAUCUCCAACAAGAAAAGGACAACAUGUCACUUGAGACAAAUUGGAGGAUAGCCCUGAACUCCAUCCUGGAGGAGCUGACUGACUCAGAUUUGAACAAGAUGCUGUACCAUCUGGACAAAAUCCCUCAAGGAGUGAAGACUGGCAAGACCAGAGAAGACAUCCCUGAUUUAAUGGAAAAUAACUACGGGACAGAAAAGUCCAUCUCUGAAAUAGAUAGAAUAAUGAAGAUAAUACCAAGAAAUGACGCUGCAGUCCAGAAGCUGCUGCGCCCCUUUGUGGAGGAACUGAAGGAACAACGGCAGGAAGAAAAAGGGAAGAUGAGCGAGCUUGCAGCUGACCCAGGAUCAGUUGCCAAUAAAUGGAAAACAGCCCUGAGCGCCAUCCUGGAGGAGCUGACUGAAAGACAAAUCGCUAAGAUGCUGCUCUAUCUAGAUAAAAUCCCACAAGGAAUGAAGAAUGGCAAGACCAGAGAAGAAAUCUCUAAUUUAAUCAUUGAGUACUACGGGCCAGAAGGGUCCAUCUCUAAAAUAGAUGAAAUAAUGGAAGAGAUACCAAGGAAAGACCCUAAAGUCCAGAACCUGCUGCACCCCUUUGUGGAGAAAGUGAAGGAACAGCGCCAGGAAGAAAAAGGUCCAAGUGGGGCAACUCUACAGAGGAAUGUCCCAGAAGAGGACAGCGACCCAACAGAGGACAGCAUCCGAGCCACAAAUUUGAAUGGGCGAUUGUGCUAAUCUGGAAAAAAGGCAACCCCUGUGGAAUGUGAUGAUGAAUCUCUAUAAUAACUGAUUGUUACACAUUAACUAUUGUCAUUUUUAGAUUAGAACCUGUUUAAGCCUGUUUUUUAAGUAAAUGUUGACUAUGAAAAUGAUUCAAAGGGAGAAGAACACAUAUUCUUUGUUUUAGCCACUAGAUGGAGGCAGAACAUCACAGAUGGACAAAUAAGAUGCAGAUGUGUAAUUAGAAAAGAAUAUUGAGAAAAAUAUGUCUGAGUGAAGAUUAUUCUCCUGAUGUUUAAAGAGAUACUGGUUGGUCUUUUCUUAAAAUUUUUUAUAUUCUUUUACAUUUUUGCAGCCUCUGAUGUAAUCGUUACUUUAGAAAAAUAAAAAGAGAAACAAAUACCGCUUAA